AGAUUCUUUUACAUCACAAUUUUUAUGCCAUUCAUCUCGCUGAGAUUUAGAUUUCACAGUCGCGAUCUAACGCCUCAUAAUGUAAUUAUUCGUUUUAGUAAUUAUCAGAAUGAAAAAUUCGCUGUACAGAAGUAUCGAAGUUCGCUGCCGCAGGCUCCAUUCGAUUAUCACUGUAAAUCGAAAAUAUUCGAAUCCUCAACGACACGUGGUUAUUUUGUUACAUCAGGCAUGUAAUGUGUGUAACCUAGCCUUUCUCAAAAAUGACAAUACUUGGCGCGUGUGCUUAUUGAUAUUAUUUAUUUAUUUAAUUAAAUACAUAAUAGAUUUUGAAGGAUGAGCGAUUUAAUUAAAACGAUCGAAGACGAUGAAGAGGUACCAGAUCUGUCGGAACCUUCCGAUGAAGAGGAUGACUUUCAACCUCGGAAGAAGGAGAAUAAGAAGAAAAAUAAAUUAAAUGAUGGCGAUGAUUUUCAAUUUAUUACCAGUAUUGAGGAAUACAAUCAGGAUACUUGGAACGAUUUGAGUAAAUAUAUUAAUAGAAAAGUCAAGACCAAAUUAGAUGAUAAAAUACAUAAGUUUAGAAGUGCACGAAAUGAAGAAAAUGGUACCGAUGAUAAUCCUAUCAAAAUUGAAGAUAACGAGGACGUUAUGGAUACAUUUGUUUCGGAGGAAGAUUUGAAAAAAGAUACAAUUAAAACAAAAGAUAGAAAAACUAAAAAACAAAAAACUAGUAAAGAGGAGAAAGAAUUGCUUGAUUUUGAAGAAUGCUCAACCUACGAUACAACAAAGUCAUUUUAUCAAAUGAAUUUAUCCAGACCAUUGUUAAAGGCUGUUACCUCAAUGAACUUUAUAAAUCCGACUCCAAUUCAGAUUUCAACCAUUCCAGUAGCGUUAUUAGGUAGAGAUAUAUGCGGUUGUGCUGCAACAGGGACUGGAAAAACUGCGGCGUACAUGCUGCCAACGUUGGAAAGAUUAAUAUACAAGCCCCAGGAUGGAACAGCAGUCACGAGGGUUUUAGUUCUCGUACCAACGAGAGAACUAGGCGUUCAAGUUUAUCAAGUUACCAAACAACUCUCUCAGUUCACUUCGGUUGAUGUGGGAUUGUCAGUCGGUGGUUUAGAUGUUAAAAUUCAGGAAAGUGUACUUAGAAAAAAUCCAGAUAUUGUGAUAGCGACACCAGGACGUCUAAUUGACCAUUUGACAAAUACACCAUCAUUUUCUUUGGACACUAUCGAAAUUUUAAUUCUGGAUGAAGCCGACAGAAUGUUAGAUGAAUAUUUUGCGGAGCAAAUGAAGCACAUUAUAAGACAGUGUGCGAGAACUCGACAAACGAUAUUAUUCUCUGCGACAAUGACCGAGGAAGUCAAUGAUUUGGCCGCGGUGUCCCUUAAUAAACCUGUGAGGAUUUUUGUUGAUAGUAAUCAAGACGUAGCGUUUAAUUUAAGACAAGAAUUUAUAAGAAUUCGAAAGGAAAGGGAAGGAGAUCGAGAGGCCAUAUUAGUUGCUUUGAUAUGUCGAACUUUUCACGAUCAUACAAUCGUCUUCGUCCAAACGAAAAAACAAGCACACAGACUACAUAUUUUAUUAGGUUUAUUAGGUGUAAAAGUAGGAGAACUUCAUGGAAAUCUGCCACAGCCUCAACGCUUAGAAAAUUUAAGAAAAUUCAAAGAUGAAGAAAUCGAUGUAUUAUUAGCAACCGAUGUUGCUGCUAGAGGAUUGGAUAUAAGUGGAAUUAAAACUGUUAUUAAUUUUGUUAUGCCUGCGACGUUACAGCAUUACAUUCACAGAGUCGGUCGUACUGCUAGAGCUGGUCGUGGGGGUGUUUCCGUGUCAUUGGCAGGCGAACAAGAACGUACGAUAGUUAAAGAAUUAAUAAAACAAGCAAAAAAUCCAAUAAAGCAUAGAAUAAUACCUCCCGACAUCAUAGACAAAUACAAUAAGAAACUUAAGUCGAUCGAGGCCGACGUGAAUCAAAUAUUGGAAGAAGAGCGGCAAGAGCGCGAAAUAGCAAAAAUAGAAAACCAAGCGAAUAGGGCGGAAAACAUUCUUAAAGAAACCGAGUCAACGGAUCACCGCGUUUGGUUCCAAAGUAAAAAGGAGCGACAGACAGAAAAAGAAAGAUUAUUAUUGACGGGAAAAGAAAAGAAAGUUAAGAAAGACGAUCAGAAUGAGAAACAACCUUUAAAUAUUGUUAAAGAGAAAACGAAAAAACGUAAGACAAAGGUUAAAGCAGUGGAUCCAGCUGAAGAAAGAGCUUUGAAAGAAUUGAACAAGGUGGCUGCAUACCAGGCGAGAAUAGCAAAAAAAAGUAGUAAACAAAGGAAAAUUAGAACAAUUGUGGAUGAAAACGAUAGAGCUCAUACACAUCAAAAUAGGGCAAAGAAACGCAAAAUAUCAUCGUUUGCUAAUGAUUUAACGGAUGUUAGCAAGAAGAAUGUUAAGAAAUUGAGAUAUGAAGUUAAUCAGAAAAAUAAGCAGAAGUCGAAUAAAUCAUUCGACAAAUCCAAAUCAACUGCAGGGAAAUCAACUAAAAAAGGUUCCUAUAAGAAGAAGCGAUAAUUAAAAAAA